CUGCACGGAGGAUCGGCGGUCCGCCCGGGCGAGAGCUCACCCAGACCGGAGCUCCCAUUGUCGAUACAACAGUCCAGAGCCGUCGCCGUGAUGAGUGAGAGCAAGGGCAUCUCGCUGCGUCGUAAGAAGACGACGGCAGCGCGCCCCAUCAUCUCCGGGCCCAUUCAGCAAACGCCGCGCGAUCCCUCCACCGACAGGAACAACUCCACCUACAGCAGCGUCGCCGACGCGAAGUCCACCAGGAGCGAUGCUACCUCGCGCGAACGACUCCGACUGGGCGGUGACCAGACGAGCGACCUCGUGAAGCGGCGCUAUAGCACGCGUUUCACCGCUGGCAUCCCGCAAGAUGGCCCAGCUCCGCCCAUGCCGGCCAUGCCGAGCAUGCCCUCGCAAUACCGCAGCGAUGCCGCGAGCCAAAGGAGCAGGUCGCGUCCUGGGCCUGGCGGAAGAGGACCUUCUGCACCGGCGAGUGGGAGGACAUCACCGGACAAGGGCGGAGAGCGCGGACCUUCGAAGCUGAAGAUUGAUAUGCGCGCAUUGAAGGACCCAAACCUGCAGGCUGAGAAGUACGUGCAGGCUAUACUGGCCGAUGCCACCGAGCAGGAUAUCGAGGCCUAUCAGCGAGACUUGCAGGGCGUCAAGGCACAUACAGAUGCAGAUCUCCAGCACAAUGUCUUUCAGAAUCGCACCCAAUUCAUCAAGAUCUCCAAGGAGGCCGAUAAGCUGAAGACGGAGAUGAGAACUCUACGGACUUUGAUGAGCGAUCUGACAGGCGCAUUGGGACAUGCUGCCAGCGCUGGCGGCGCCGACUUCAACACCGCAGCAAGUACGCUCAGCUUGGCGGACAGGAAGCGCGCCAAUAGGAGUAGCGUUGCCAAUCUGGAAGCCAUGUGGAGUACGCAUCUACAGACAUUGUGGAAGAGGGUGGAGGGCAGUCAGAAAUAUUUGCCUGCCUUGCCUGGGCGACAUAUUAUCAUGGAGAGCCAGCGAUGGGUAGAGCUCAAUGCUGCGACCUGGAAGCCGCGAAGGCGUGUAGCGCUGGUUCUGCUCAACGAUCAUUUGCUGGUCGCAAGCGAGAAGAAGCGUCCUGCAGAGGCGGCACCACAGAAGAAUAAUCGCCAAAGCAUGUAUGGCGGGCCGCAAGGCUCAUCUCAGACCACGCUCGUGGCAGAUCGCUGCUGGCCGCUGCACGAUGUGAGCCUCGCAGACAUCUCAACCCGCGCCUCUACUACGAUUGGACACUCCAACAGCAAGGAGAAUAAGGCCAUAGCCAACGCCAUCAAUGUGAGGGCAGGCAACGAGAGUUUCACAUAUGCGAUAGCCGAUAGUGGCGACAAACUGGGCCUUAUUGUGGCUUUCCGCAAGGCGCAGGAAGACCAAAGAAAACUGCUCGCCCAAGAGCACAGCAAGCGCGAGAAAGAGCUGGACCAGCUUGCAUAUCUUUCCGCUCGAGAUCCACGCUCGCUCAAGAAAGCUGCUGCAGCGGGUCAAGACUCAAGUGACGCGAAUUCUUUCAGCAGUCUGUCUCGCAGCAACUCUGUACUGGUCGAUGUCGAUGGUCGCCCUCAAUCGAUUCGCUGGGUCGAGUCACAAGUCGACGGGCUUGAUAUCGACAUUGCUCUCCAGCACUUCGAAGAUGCCGUCUCCCGAGUCGAAAAGUUGCGCAAAAUGGCGCGAGGAAUCAAAGGCAAUCAGACGGCUCAGGAUAUCAUCCAGGCGAAAGUCAACGAACGCGCGUCUAAGCUUGCCAAUGUUGUGGCGAGACAGCUUGGCUACGAAAGUGGUGGUCAAGAGGCGACACAGCGGUCUGUAUCCUGGUUGCUUCGUCUCGGCUUCGAAGAACUCGCUCGCACGACGUACCUCGGCGCACGAACAGAUACCAUUCGCAUUCGCACUCGCUCCUUGCCCUUCACUGGUGCGCUUGAACCGUACGUCAAAGCGUUGUCCUUCACGACGUUCACACUAUUGCUGCAUACCUUUCGAACAUUCAACGUCAGCUUUUCUAGUACGAGCGGUAGCGCAGUGGUUAAGUGGGCGAAGGAAAGAGUUGACGAAUUCAAUGCUACUCUGGCAAGACAGAUGAGUAGUAUUGAGAAGGAUGGCGAGUUGUGGAAUGCUUGUGUGAGCAUCGUGAGAGAGAAUGCCCAAGCGUUGAGAGAGGUCGGUGUAGACUUUCACGGAAUUGUGGCGAGAGGACUCGAAGAAGGUGGCGUGAAGGAAAGGCAUGCCAAUGGUGCUCCUGGCGUUGGGCUUGGCGUGACUACUUGAAUACCGGCACCAGCUCUUCUAGAUCCUGGGGUAAGGUGAAGUCAAAACAGCACAGCUAGGAUAUGGAAAUCAGCUGGCACAAGCAGUGGACGUGGUACGGGGAACAACAUGCCAGUGCCAGGAUAGGCAUUCUUUCAAAGCGACCCGGACGACCAUUUUGCAAUUGACAUUUCUAUGUCCCCGCUUGCCCGCUCAUUCACAUUUGAACUCCAGGCGCAUUUUGGAUCCAGAAGAGUCACGCUACGAUGAACGAUAAUCCCAAGGGUCUCGCAAGUUCAGCCAUUUCCGGGCCGGCUCACCGUGGCGCAGACUUGCAUCGGUCGAUGAGACAUUGGGUACCAUUGUAUCUAAGGUACCGAUACCUCGCCAAUGCGAUUUCCUGGGCAUGUCGAAAUUUGCGACUAGAAACUGCAGGCUUCGGCCCAUGCAGAGAACC